CGAUACGCAGUAUAUGUAUAAUGGGGGUGUGUAUUAUCUGGCUGCUGGAGUUUUUGUGUCUCUUUUCAACUUUAAUGAUUGUCAACACAUCAGUUAACACCUGUCGUGAACCAAAUGUCAAAAACACCACUCAAAGUUCAAUCUAUCUUCCUGAAUAUCCUAGUGGUAAGGCGGUAGAUGGCUGUAAAAUACAAAUAUUCGACAGCAACAAUUGUUGUUCACAUACACAGGAAGGUCAAAAGGAAGCAUGGUGGCAAGUAGAUCUAGAAGAACUUAUAAUGAUGGAACACGUCAAAAUAUAUUACAGAGAGUGGAGCAUGGAAACGUCUGGGGAGCAUGUCCCAUGCAACAGUACAGCCACAGAGGAAUUGGCAAACAAACUGAGCGCAUUCUACUGUGAAGCAAAACCCCAAAAUGUGGAGAAGAGAGCGAAGCAAAUGUUAGCACGACAGGCUGAGGAAUAUCACAAGAACACUUUGAAAAAAUAUUAG